UUACUUAGCACACCGUGCGCUCCUCACCGCAAGUCUCUUCCUUCUUCCCACCGUCUUCUACGCCAGGUCCUGCCAUGGAGCUGCGCUCCGAGCUGCCUAGCGUGCCCGGCGCAGCAACGGCGGCGGCAACAGCGACAGGGCCGCCCGUGGCGUCUGUGGCGUCGGUGGCAGCGGCGGCGGCGGCGGCCGCGUCGCUACCGGUGAGCGUGGCGGGCGGCUUGCUAAGAGCGCCGCCGCUGUUGUUGCGGGCGGCGGAGAAGUACCCGCGGACCCCCAAGUGCGCGCGCUGCCGCAACCACGGCGUGGUGUCGGCGCUCAAGGGCCACAAACGCUACUGCCGCUGGAAGGACUGCCUGUGCGCCAAGUGCACGCUCAUCGCCGAGCGCCAGCGCGUCAUGGCGGCGCAGGUGGCGCUGCGCCGGCAACAGGCGCAGGAGGAGAACGAGGCGCGCGAGCUACAGCUGCUCUACGGCACCGCCGAGGGCCUGGCGCUCGCCGCCGCCAAUGGCAUUAUCCCGCCGCGACCUGCCUACGAGGUCUUCGGCUCCGUGUGCGCCGCCGACGGCGGGGGGCCGGGAGCGGGAGCGCCCGCGGGGACCGGAGGCGGCGCAGCGGGCGCGGGGAGCUCAGAGGCCAAGUUACAGAAGUUUGACCUGUUCCCCAAGACGCUGCUUCAGACCGGCCACCCCGGCAGCCCGCAGCCGCCACCGGGGAAGCCCUUAUCACCCGACGGCGCGGACUCGGGGCCCGGGACAUCUUCUCCGGAGGUGCGGCCGGGCUCGGGCUCGGAGAACGGCGACGGCGAGUCCUUCUCGGGGUCGCCCCUGACCCGGGCCUCCAAGGAGGCAGGUGGGAGCUGCCCGGGCAGUGCAGGCCCGGGAGGCGGUGGCGAGGAGGACAGCCCGGGCUCCGCCAGCCCUUUGGGCUCCGAAUCCGGUUCUGAGGCCGACAAAGAAGAGGCAGAGGCCGCUCCCGCUCCAGGGCUGGGCGGGGGCCCGGGUCCACGGCAGCGGACGCCGCUGGACAUCUUGACGCGCGUCUUCCCGGGCCACCGGCGAGGCGUCCUGGAGCUGGUGUUGCAGGGUUGCGGCGGCGACGUGGUGCAGGCCAUCGAGCAGGUGCUGAACCACCACCGCGGGGGCUUGGCAGCCGGCCUCGGUCCCGCCGUGCCCCCUGAUAAGGCUGCAGUGGGUACAGUAGCAGCUGCGGACGACGCGUGGCCGGGCCGCGUCGACGCCGCCGCUGCCGGGGGGCCGGGGCUGCCUGCGCCGCUGCAGGCAGGCCCCGCCGCUCCUCCGCACCACAGACCUUUGCUGGCCGGCGCCAUGGCGCCUGGGGCGCUGGGCUCGCUGAGCAGCCGCUCGGCAUUCUCACCACUGCAGCCCAACGCCAGUCACUUCGGCGCCGACGCAGGCGCCUACCCGCUGGGUGCGCCGCUCGGCCUCAGCCCCCUGCGCCUGGCCUAUUCGGCGGCAGCGGCGCACAGCCGUGGCCUGGCCUUCAUGGCUCCCUACUCGACCGCCGGCCUGGUGCCCACACUCGGCUUCCGCCCGCCCAUGGACUACGCCUUCAGCGACCUCAUGCGCGACCGCUCGGCCGCCGCCGCUGCGGUGCACAAGGAGCCCACCUACGGCGGUGGCCUGUACGGGCCUAUGGUCAACGGCGCCCCUGAGAAGCAGUAG